AAUUCUUCUUACAGGAAUAGGAGACUAUAUACUGUUCGCCUUAAAUCUCGAAUUCGUAAAUAAUCCUUAGAGAAUUCACUGUGAUUUCUCUCUUUCACGCUGUUACUAUAUUUUUAAGUAAUUUUAGCUGCCACAUUCAAAUCUUUCCUCAUGGGAAGGAGACGACUUUUUCAGUUGAGUGCUCGCCAAAAAAGAAGACUUGUAAAAAGACGAAGUGAAAUUUUUGAGGAAAAUUUAAAUAGUGACCUAGUCCAGGCCGAAGGGGAAAACAUUUAUUUAGAACAAGUGUUCGAAGAAGAUCUGGAAGAAAUUGAAGUCGGAAGUAACACGAGUGAAGGAAGUUCAACUGAAACAAUUAGCUCAGAAAGCGAAGAUGCGGUAGCAGCUCACCCUAGGACUCCAAAUUUUCCAGACGAGGGCACAGUUGACGAAGAAAUACACAAAUCUCUUAAGAACGUCGCAGAUAGAGUUGGGAAGCGUAUGAGGAAGUGACUUAACAUCGCGGCCA